AUGGUUUACAACCCUGCAUUAUACUACGCCAAGAAGCGUCUCUUCGCUAUCCUUACCGCCGAUCUUACACCCGCUCAGCUCGACAGAGUGCAAGAGCUGUUCGGUAUCGGCGCUACCAUGUGCUCUCCGAGCCCUGCAGAAGAGCUCUUCAUCAGCGACAGGCGCGAAUGGUCAGAUCUUUCGCAUGUGGAACUGAGGCGGGCCUAUCUUGAAGCAGACCCCCUACUUGUCAUCGACUCCCGAACGCCGGAUGAUGGCGGCAUCUGGUAUCUCGACCGCUUUGCUGACGAAGAUGAUAUCAAAGAUGGACAAGCCGAGAGCCUGAACACUCUUUACAAGGUACGCAUGGACAUCCGCGAUGUUGUUAUCCAGUACACCAAUUACAGUAUCGCCAAUACGGACAUUCGCGAAGCCAUGGACGCUGUCGAUGUGCCCUACCCAACUCCUGAUGACUUUGAUCAGGAAACACUUUUCUGUGUAGGUUUUGACCACAUCAAAGAGCGAUACAUGAACCCAACCUGGGUUACAGCUACGCCUGAUGAGCUAGAGGAGAGUACUGCCCUGGAAGACAUAAGCAACUUUGUCCCACGACCCGAAAUCGUGUAUCGGGUGAAAGAAAAUAUUGCAAGACAGGCGGGCCUGAAGAGCGCGUGGAUGAUAGCGGACGACGCGCGAAAGGAAAUCGAACUGCCCGAUGGAUCCAAAAAGACUUUCCCACCGGGCAGUAAGAUCAUUCAGUCCAGAUACGAUCCGGAAGCAUCGAUUCCAGUGUACAAGAGACCCAAUGGAAGCCUGUAA